AUGUCCAUUUUGAACCGUCUAAAACAAUGGAAUAAUACAAAUUCACUCCUUUCAUCUCAAUACCUUCAACAUUUGAAAUACCUCAUAUCAUGGCCAUAUCCCACCUUAUCACCUAUACCGGUGCUCAUCCCACUCUCGAAUAAUAAUAUUCCACAACAACAACAAUCAUUGGGCCCUGCAUGGGAUAUGUUCAGCAAUGGUAGCACUUUAUUGGCUGUUCCCAAGAAAAAAGUCUCUCAUAUGAAAAAAAGACAGAAAUUAUAUGGUCCAGGUGAUAAACAACUGAAAUUGAAUAACAAUCUGAAUGAAUGUCCCUCAUGUGGCCAUUACAAGAGAUCCCAUACGUUAUGUAUGUAUUGUUUUGGUGAAAUAAAGAUGAUAUGGAAAAAUAACAUUAAAAAGAUAGAAUUGGAAAAGUCAAAAUUAAAUAAUGAUGAUCCUAUUAAUGAAAUUGAUCAACGUCUUUUAUAUCCUGGCAAGGUUAAGACUGAUUAUGAAAUUAAAUUGGAAGACAAAGAUAAAUAUUUAUUAAAGAGAUUAAGAACGUUACCUGUGAAUGAAAAGUGA